AUGGAGGCACCUGGCUGGUUCGAAGCCGUCCGAGCUCAGAUCAAAAAAGACGCAAUAAAAUUGCGAAUUGCGGAAAAAAACCAGGAGAGAUUGGAGAAAGAAAGAAACGAAAUGCGGUCCAGUCUUACUGAUAUUAAAAAAAAUAUCGAGGAAUGUGAAGAAAGUUUCAAGAUGGCUAUGGAGGAUAUAAAAGCGCAACUUAACGACAGAAUGAAGAGUGAAUAG